AUCAGAGAAACCCUUAUCUCAAAUUGUUUUAUAAUGGCAGCUUUUGUUGAUAACUUCAAAGAGCCCAAAAACUAUUUUCCUCCACUCAAAACACACCCCUAUCUACCAAGGAGAGGACACUAGUCUUUGUAUUUCUUUAUAACACUUCGUGAACAUUUAACCCACUCACCCUUCUACCUCUCACUCCCUCUCUCCAUCUGGUUGAAGUCCAGUUUUUGCAGUAAUCAUUCAAGACGUUGUCUUGCAGUUAUCAGGAGGGAGGUUGAAAAUGGCACAGAUCUUGGCUCCUUCUGCACAAUGGCAGAUGCGAAUUGCAAAGAACAGUGCAGAUGUGAACCCAUUGACAAUGAAGACAUGGAGCUCUAUUGUUAUGAAACAAAACAAGAAAGGUUCUGUCAAAAGUUCGGGAAGAUUUAAAGUGUGUGCUCUCCAGUCUGACAAUAGCACUAUCAACCGUUUAGAACAGCUGCUAAAUUUGGAUGUAACUCCAUACACUGAUAAGAUCAUUGCUGAAUAUAUUUGGAUUGGAGGAUCUGGAAUUGAUGUGCGUAGUAAGUCAAGGACUAUUUCAAAGCCAGUCAAACACCCUUCUGAGCUUCCAAAGUGGAACUACGAUGGAUCGAGUACAGGACAGGCACCUGGAGAAGACAGUGAAGUUAUCCUAUACCCCCAAGCGAUCUUCAAAGAUCCAUUCCGUGGUGGUAAUAACAUCUUGGUCGUAUGUGAUGCAUAUACACCAGCAGGUGAGCCAAUUCCAACAAACAAGCGACACAGAGCUGCUCAGAUUUUUAGUGACCCGAAGGUUGUUGCUGAAGUCCCAUGGUAUGGUAUUGAGCAAGAGUACACCUUGCUCCAAACAAAUGUGAAAUGGCCACUGGGUUGGCCUGUUGGAGGCUACCCUGGUCCUCAGGGCCCUUACUACUGUGGUGCUGGGGCAGACAAGUCAUUUGGUCGUGACAUAUCCGAUGCUCACUACAAGGCUUGCCUGUAUGCUGGAAUUAAUAUUAGUGGCACCAAUGGAGAGGUUAUGCCUGGACAGUGGGAAUUUCAAGUCGGUCCCAGUGUAGGAAUUGAAGCUGGAGAUCACAUCUGGUGUGCUAGGUAUCUACUUGAGAGAAUUACUGAACAAGCUGGAGUUGUUCUCUCACUUGAUCCUAAACCAAUAGAGGGUGACUGGAAUGGCGCUGGAUGCCACACCAAUUACAGCACAAAGACUACGAGAGAAGAAGGAGGAUUUGAAGUAAUAAAGAAAGCAAUUUUGAAUCUCUCUCUUCGCCACAAAGAGCAUAUCAGUGCUUAUGGAGAAGGAAAUGAGAGACGGUUGACAGGAAAGCAUGAAACUGCCAGUAUUGACACAUUUUCAUGGGGAGUUGCUAAUCGUGGUUGCUCAAUUCGUGUGGGGCGUGACACUGAGAAGGAGGGCAAAGGUUACCUGGAAGAUAGACGUCCAGCUUCAAACAUGGAUCCCUACGUCGUGACUUCAUUACUUGCCGAAACUACUCUAUUAUGGGAACCAACACUCGAAGCUGAAGCCCUUGCAGCACAGAAGCUGUCGUUGAAGGUGUAGGCCGUUUGAUGUUAAGGUACCUGUGCUUGAAGAGAAUACAUGGCACCAUUGAGUUCACAGGCACAGAGUUCGUUCCCUUUUCAUCGAUCCCUUUCAAGAAAUCUUUGUAAAUAAGGAACCUAAAAUUAGCAAUGGCCACCCUUGAGCUUGAAAGAUGGUCCCUUGAAUUUGAGAUUUGUAGGGAUUUUUUUUUAGCUUUCACGAAUAUCUAGGAGAAGUUUCAAGCUAUUUUGCUUUGCCAUUUGCAAUGGCAUUGCUGUGAAGACUUAUUUAUUUAUUGUCGCAAGUUUAAUCAUUCAAUAAAUUCUUCUUCAAUCAAGAAUGUCUUAAAUUUUAAA